AUGGCUGAGCCGAAACCUACCGGCCUCUUCUCCUCGCUCUCCCUCGGGCGAGCUGCCAAAUCACCUCGCUCCUCGGAGACGCUAGCUCAUCCACUACUCGGCGCCUCAACGUCCUCAUUGAAUCUCAACACCGACAUUGAUCCCACCAGCCUUGUCGGACAUGGCUCAUCGCCCUCCCACCCAAUCUUAUCUCCAAAAGCCUCAUCCACCUUUUCCCGCACGCCAGCCGAAUCCCUUCCUUAUAAGCCUCGACAACGCCAUACACAUCGGGACUCGUCGAGCUCCUUUACAGGAACUACUAGCCCUGUCAUCUCAGCCGGCGUCACCCCUGCUGCUCCCACAGCUCCACCGACGACCUCAACCUCCUCCACUUUCGCCUUACCUCCUUCGGCCUCCGAGGGGAUGUCAAGCGAGACUUCACGUGCAGGUCCCUCCUCUGGCUCAGCUACGAGCCGGCUACAGGUACAGAGCCUGAAAGCCAGUGCUCAGCGGCUGGGACUGGCGAACGGCAGCAUCGGGAUGGCGAUGGUGGACGCGGUCGUAGACAAAGGACAGGUUGCGAGGAGUGGGAGCAGGCAGGGUGAGGGUGGUGAAUGGGGAGACAUCUUGCGCGUGUUACCUUCGGGAAAGGCCAUCCUCCUCCUUCCAGCCGCCUCGGCGUCUUCUCUACCUAUGACAGCGCCGGUCAUGCGAGAACACAUCGCCUUCUUGUCACCCCCUAUCCACCUCUCCCCGAUGCUUCCAUCGCAAAUGCGGAGUUCUGACUCGCUAGCAGAGAAGGCGAGAGAUGCUGCCGGAGAGACCGUGUCUAUGGUAGUCACUCUCUCAGGCUUGAUGGGUACCUUGAAAGGCGGCACGGUCACAUUCGAGUCCAUACUUCAGCCAGACUCGCACCUGCUGGCUGCACUGCGGGAUCCGGUCACUCGUCCAGGCGUUCUCGCCACGCUAAGACCUACAACGCUCGCCCUCCGCACCGCCUUUCCCUCGUAUCCCCUCUCCUCGCAAUCGGCUUCUCUGGCCUUUCCACCGCUCGGAAGACCCAUCGGUGGGCCUAUCGACACCAAGGAUCAGGCGCAGGAUACCAAGGCCUCGGCUGCCAAGCUGGGACGAAUGAACCCCUUCGCCUCCUUCUUCGGCUCGUCAUCGCAGGCAGCGACAAGUACCCGGGACACCUCAGCUCGGGCCGGCGCGACUCGCCCUACGGACCAGGGAACGUUGAUGGUGUCUGGGUUCGAUCUGUCCCCCAACUCGGGCUCGCCAGCGCCAUCCAUUCUAUCCGUCGAAAACGCCGACGAUGCGUCAGUCAUCUCCGACGCCACGAGCAGAGACGCCGAGGGCUUCUCCGUCCAAGCUUACACGGUGGCAAAGCCUAUUCGCACAUCGGAGGUGCAGAAAGCUCUAUCAAAGGCAGUUCGGGCGCAUGUCAAGGACGAGUUGGCGCGUCUGCCGGACAAGAUCGCUGACCGGGUCGCCAAACUCGUCCUCGCAAGCAUCUGUCCCGGCGCGGGGACUACCCAAGAUGCCUUGACCACCAAGCUCGUUGAGCCCGACUCCACCCCAUCAAUAGACUUCACCGAUCCCGCUCGGGCAAGCGAGCAACUGCAGGACUUUCUAGAGGCGGUAUAUGAUGAUCUGGUGGUCCAUUACCGGAACGAUUCGAGCCUAUUUGUGGCGGAGGGAGGAUUGCGGCGGAAAAGUAGCGGAGGCAAGCCAUGGGGAAGGUCGAGCGGGAGCAAUGGAAGCCAGGGUACGGAGGAAGAGGUGUCAAAGGAGAUCAAGGACAAGCGGAGACGUGAGCGGGAGGAACAGGCGGAGAAGGAGGGCACGGAAGGUGCAGAGAGGGUCGAGGCGCUCGUAACGAGGUUGCUCUAUAAUCGGCUCUUCUCACCUCUCAACUCCGAUGAUGGUAGACAUGACGAAGCCUUAGCAUCUCGAAUAGCCGCGCUCAACAUGCUGGAACUAUCGCUUGAUCAUCUCGGUCUCAUUACCCGACCUGAUGAUGAAGGGGUUCCGGGGACAAUUGCCGGCGGACUGGCCUCGAUAGUUGACAAGAUAGGGGAUGAGCUGCAGCAGCUCAUCACCCCUUCCUGCUUGGUUCCGAGGGCGAAGGCAGAUGUGUUGAUCCGAGCGCAUCAGCUCGUCGUCGAUGGUCUCGCAGACCUACCUCCCGUUCAACUUCGGCCGGAAGGCGAGCCAUACAAACCAUCUCCAGCCAUAUCCCAAGCGCCGACGCUGGAAGCCGAUCCCUCUCCGGUGACCCAAUCAUCAUCGUCUCUCCUUCUUCCUCCUACAGCAGAGAAGCCGGCCGAUGUCCCCGCUCCGGCCGAGGAUAUCGAGAUAUCGGAAUCUUCGCAGCUGGAAGAGGCCUUGGGAGACUCGGUCAUGACACUCCACGCCGCGUCCAUGUCGCCUUCUGGCUCCAUGGUGGCCCAGCCAUCCGAGGUCCCGGCCCCGAGACCUGCUCCCAAGCAAAGCACAUCGGGUGCCGACCUCAUCCUGCCCAUCAUCAUCUUCGCGGUCGUUCAGGCCAAUCCACCCCAGCUCGCGAGUCAGCUGAUGUACCUUCGGCGAUACCGAUCGGCAAUCUGCCUCACUGGCGAGGCUUCGUACGCCAUGGUCAACCUCACGGCGGUGGUCGAGUUCUUGGAGCAUGUCGACCUGGCGGAGUUGGGACUGGGCGGAGAGUCGGACAAGGUCAUGAGCGUGGCGGAUUUAUCGCCGAUCGGGCUCAACUACCUCGACGAGAGCAAUCCGGAUGCGCGGAGCAUCGCUUCGGCGAGCUCCCGGCUGCGGGGAAGAGUGUUUCAAGUUGGGGAAUUGGCGGGAUCAGCAGCGGGGUCGGCGAACAAGGUCAUCACCGGCGUCAUCGACUCUUCCUGGUCCGCCGUACGGGGUCUCAUCGGUACCACUGCGGUUGGAGCGGAAGACGACCGCGAUUCCACAACAACGGGAGCUACGAGGCCGGCAACGCGAGGUCGUCAGGUCUCAUCCUUCUCGUUGGCGAACGUGACGGCCAGCGUUGCCAAUAUAGCAGCGGCCGCGGCAGCAACCACGCAAGCGGCUGCGCGGUCUCGAGCCAACUCCCGAGCCGUCGAACCCCCUCCAACACAACAGUGGCAAGGCAACCAAGAGAUGAUCGACGUCACCUCCCGCCCCCAGUCAAUCAAGGAGCAUGACAAGGAGGAGUACCCCUCGGACUCCGAGUCCGACUCGGCGGACACGGAGGGAUCGGCGGACCACAGGCCGGACCCCUUCAAUGCGGGUCGGACGGAUACUCGAGCACUCUCGGAUGCUAGGAGCAUCAAGAGUGUCAGUAGCAUGCUGUCCAAGGAGGGCAGAAGGGACGAUGCUGCCAGGGUCAGCCUCAGCGAUCGGCUGGCCAAUAUAGGCGGUUUUGGGAGGGUUACUUCCGGGUCGGGGCCCGUCACACCAGCGGAAACGCCUCAGGUGCCGAGCCCAGAGAAAGAACCAGCAGCAAAGCCCACUGGAUUCCUCGCUAGUCUCACUGGCGCUCGUUCUUCCUCGUCCACCGGUCAAGGGCAUAGCCGUCGCGCCUCUCUCCUCAGCGGUAAUGCCGACAUCACCGGUAGACUUCGCGCCAACUCCGGCUCAUCUCCCUCUGGUGCAGCAUCUCUGAGCCGGACCUCGUCUGUCUUACCUGCCGACCCUCCACCAAACCCCGUCGAGAGAUUCAUGACUUGCGAUCUGGGAGACUUGAAGAUGUCGGAGAUUGGAGAGCUACUCAAGGAGUACCAACGUUUGGGGGCGUAUGUCAAAUCUAGACCAGCUGGAGAAGGUGCGGGUGUCAGCUUAUCGGCGUCGAACACCUCUUGA